UGAGGCGUGAGGGAGGCAGGUGCGCAGAGCGCGCGUGUGGGAGCAGUGGGGCCAUGCGCGCCUGGCCGCGCUGCCCUCGCCGCUGCCCCCGUCGUGAAUCCGGGCCCCGUCGUGAAUCCGGGCCCCGUCGUGAACCCGGGCCCCGUCGUGAAUCCGGGCCCCGUCAGCUCGACUGAGUCACCGUGGCGAUGGAGGCCGAGCGGGCGCGCCUGGCGGCCAGGAUCCAGCGAUGGAACGAGUCUUGCCUCGACCUCUUUGGGAUGAGCGGCCCCGAUGAGGCUCUGGAGUUCCAUGCGGUGGUGCGGUUUCAAGUGCAGGCCGAGGGGGCCGUGGGCAGGGUGCACAGCACGUGCGUGCGCGUCACGAGCUCCAGCAGCGCCGUCGAUGUCCUGCGUGCCCUGGAAGAGAAGCUGCAGACUCCUCUCGACUCCUACGGCAUUUUUGAAUUGCUCCCUGGCAAAGGUGAGCGGCGCUUGGGACAUGGUGAGAGACCGCUCUUGUUGCAGCUGGCCUGGAACCCCAAAGGUCACCAUGGGAGCUUCAUUCUCAAACCAACUUCCUCGUUACCUGCCAAGGUGGACGGUUGUGAAAGCCCGAGUGACCAGGUCAGAGACAAUGACCAGGAUUCCUUGCAGAGCCUCAAGAAUUCCUCCGGCAAGGCCAUUCUGCAGCUGAGGAGGAGCCUCUCGGGGGGCAGCCAGAGGGAGAGGCGAAGGUCUUGGGGAGAGAAGGUGACGCCCCCCGUCAUGCGACAGAGCUCGUAUGGGCCGACGAGCACGCAGCAGCAACAGCAACAACAGCAACAACAACAGCAGCAGCAACAGCAACAACAGCAACAACAACAGCAGCAGCAACAGCAGCAACAGCAGCAGCAACAGCAGCAACAGCAGCAGCAGGGGGACUGCGAAGGCGGAGAUGUGGAGGGCACCGAGCAGUGCUUGCCCUACCUCGUUGAUGUAACUCCAGGUGCCAUUCGCGGCACCAACCACGGGAGACUGGGAAACAAGGAAGCAGGAAGUGAGCGUGCGCACUGGUGCUGCUGUGGCUGGGCUGGCAGGUCUCUGAGCUACGGUGCCAUCGGAGUCAUCGUGGGACACGAAUUCACUCACGGCUUCGACAGCAAUGGAAGGAAAUACGACAAACAUGGCAACCUGCACCAAUGGUGGAGCAACGCAUCGAUUGCGCACUUCUCUGAGAAGGCGCAGUGCAUGAUCGAGCAGUACAACAACUACUACUGGAAGGAAGCGCAGCUGCCUCUCAAGGGCAAGAGGACACUGGGAGAGAACAUCGCCGACAGUGGGGGAGUUCGAGAAGCCUUCAGGGCGUAUAGGAAAUGGAUCAAGGACAGCCGGGGUGGGCAGGAGGAGCCUCUGCUACCUGGACUCAACCUGACCCACAACCAGCUGUUCUUCAUCAGUUACGCACAUGUGCGGUGCCAAGCACACCGGCCUGGGGAAGCCAGGCAGAUGGUGCUCGUCGGGGCUCACAGCCCUCCGGAGUUCAGAGUCCUGGGAUCGAUGAGUAACUUUCCGGAGUUUGCCCGCGCGUUCCACUGUGCGGAAGGCAGCACGAUGAACCGUGGCAAGCAGGCGUGCCGCGUCUGGUGAAGCAAGCGCGGGACCGGUCCCCCAUCCCCUAGGGACUGCACGGACAUUUCCAGCCGAUGUAUGCCGACUUGUUUAGGGGAACCAUACUCAAUGACAAACCUCCCCAAUAAAAAAAAUCAACGAGAAAUUAGGAUUUAUUUUGUGCAGAGUGCGAAAAGAAAGCUGAUGUGUUUUUUUUGCACAUUUCCAACACGUCACUAUAUUGCACGGUUUAAAUGUUCGGCAACAUCCCACAUUAAACACCGCAGCUCCAUUGCUUCUGUUUGGCUGGGCAGAGACUGGGGCGAUCUGAGACCUGACCCUUGCCCUCCCCGCUUGCAUGGAUAACCGAGCCCCACUUGCCAAACUAAUUCCAGCAAAGAUCCAGGAAAGAAAUAUGAUUAGCCUAUAACGCAAAAGAGGAAUUUUAGAUUUAAAAUAAUAAAUUUAACGCACAUGUAAAAUAAGUAAGAAAAAUUAGUCACUUGUCUUCAUAAAGACAGAUGAAUAACUUUUUUACAAUUAAACAUCUCAUUACCGUCUUAAAUAAAAUGAAUUGCACCUUGCUAAAUUAUAUUCUCUCAUUGCCAUGACAACGACCCACGUGAGUUGGGGCCAAGUUGAGCAGAGCCCUGGGAGCCCAGUUCUGCACCGGCUUCACUCCACACAAUGCACAAUUAGUUUAACAUUUCAGAACUAUCACUCUAUUAGUCGUGUUUUACAUCUAAUAAUUCACAUAUUAAAAAAAAGUAUUUACUAAACGUAGAGGAUUACACAUUGACUGUGAUUGCAUAUCCCUUCGAGGGAAACGCUCAAAUACGUUGUGCUGUGUUGAGAGUGACGACGUGUGUGUGUUUUAUAUAAAAAAAGACAUUUACAAACAUGUUUUAUUUUUAUACAUAUAUGGCCUAAAGAACCACAGGCAGUAUAUUGCUCAAGGUCGACGUGUAGCUUUAGCUCCACAUCACUGUCAGCUGUGUAAUUAUUUGAAUAGUGAGCCCAAGCUCUUGGGCGUACAGCGAGUGAUAUCGUGCAUGCCGUGUGAGAGCUUGGAGGUGUUGUCCAAAUCACCGACGGCUGCGCUAAACACCACCUUCACCACCUCCAGCUCGUGUUGACACCGGAGUCGGUGACCGUGCGCAGGCGUACGGUGAGAGCAGGUGGAGAGUGUGGUUCUAUUCUCUGCUCACGUGUGAUGGGAGCAGCAAUGUGUUUAGGAGCUCGAUGCCAAUGUCGAGGACUGCUAGCCACGUCGAGAGGGCUUUAGGAGAGAGGGUUUGUGUAGUUUUGCUAUUCUAAUAUUGAAGGGGCACAGACCAGUUUUACCAUAUGGUCCACAGUGUGGACUGCAUGACCACAAUCGCAAUACUGUUGCUUGUCUUACAUUUUUCAUUUAUGAAAGAAAUUUGUGCAUCGGCGUGUUUAUGUUCUGAUGAUGUGGGUGAUGGUUACGCCAGUGUCUUCGGGGAGUGUCAAAGCCAGGAGGGUACAAUGGGUCUCAGAUGAGGUGUUUAUUCUGGAAGUCCUCGUUGUUCCACUGUUCCUCUUGAUCUUGGCUACAUUCUAGCGUGAUCUCAGAAGGGGGAGCGGUACCUGAGUAGGUGGUCGGUGAGGUACAUUGUUGAGGUCUUGGUUGAUGGGUAGGUUGUCCGUGGCGAGAUCACGUGUAAGCUCCCGUGAGGUUUGCAGAAUGUUUGUCACAACAUGGAGCCAGGCAGGGGGUUGGUGUAGAUUUCGGGGUUCCGAUUGUUUGUGUGUCUACACGCAAGUUUUGGCGUGAGGUCUGACCGCAGUGGCAGCAGCCCAGAGGGCCGGACCCGCAGGGCUCAUGUGCGUUGGCGGUGUGACAGGCGGGCAGCUACACGGGCUGCCAUUGUCGUGGGAACCGUAUCACGUGAAGAACGCACACAUGAUGUAGCCUGGUCUUGGAUAAAUAUUCCAAUGCUGAAAAUGUACCCGCAAAUUGACUCCAUUAGGGUUACACUCAGCAGCAACAUCGCCCUCGGUUUGGUAAACUUGGCAGGACCCUCUUGAAAGAAAAAAAAGUCUUCAAACGUGUAGAAGCUAUUCUGGGUAAACACGCUUCAUAAUGUACGUGCAUGGGUGGUGAUGCCUUCAAACAGGUGACUUCGCAAGCAUUUCGUAUUCUGACAGGGCAGCUGUACUAUGUUGUCGAGGGAUACGCGCUGAAUAUUCACAAAAGUAGCCGAAGGAUUAUGGAAUAUCUUGCGAAAAGCGAUUGUACAAUCCAAACUGGGUUUUAAAGAAAACGAAUUAAAGUUUAGACACAUCGCUGCUCCUCGCCUCAUUGGCAGAAGGAGCGCGUGAAUGGUGCCCCCCACGGAGGGCAACGGAGCGACUUGAACCCUCCGCAGGGAGCGCCUCGAUGGCUGGCGGGGCUCGUUCCUGGAGACUGCACGGAGCUCUGGGAUCCAGUGGAUCUGUGCUUUCACAUUCACACCACUCGGUGAUGAGUAAUCGUGGGUGUCAAAUUCACACAAUUUAAAAUCCACAUGCGGUGAUGGUUGAUACUUUUUCGCGCAAGUUUAUUACGAAUGAGUAAAUGCUUAAGUUACUUUUUAUCCAAAGACUGCAAUGCGAUAUAUGUGAACAGUCACCGCGUGCUUUAUAUCUGUUUUGUGCGAUAUUAAACGUUGUAAAAGUGAUUUUUAUUCUUUCGUCAACAGUAAAACAUUAUUGAUCAAUGCAAGAGUACAAGAUUUAGCAGAACAUUAAACCUCCAAUCUACUUAUAUUGGAAUGCUAUUGUGUUAAUACUCGUGUAAAACAUUUGAGAAUAAAUCAGAUUUAACCAAGGUUAAGUCAAUUAAUUAACAAUGAGAUACCCCUUUCAGAUGUUGUCAAUGGGCUUCUGCACAACGUGGACACAUUCCACACUUUAGCGAUGAGGGUAAUCGGUGGUCGAGGUGUGCAGUGACU